AUGGCAUGGUCUGAUUCAACUACUCACAAACAAUCUCGUCCCUCUCAACCCCUCUACGUUCCUCAAUUCCGUUCCAAUGCUCCUCCUCCCUACAACAACCGAACCCAUUUUCCUCCGUCCGAGGAUUCAUCAUCUUUCAAUCGCUCCACUCACAGACCACGUGGCCGAGGCGGUUACGGUUAUGGUCCUCCACGUCAUUUCCCUCGACCCGAACAACAACAACCGCCGCGGAACUUCAACUACAACCACGAUCCUCCUCAUCGGAACAAUCGCCCUCCGGUUGAGCCCCGCAUUGAGCCAGAAAACGGCGUCGUUGCGAAUUUUGAAGCGUAUGAAUCUAUCCCCGUUGAGGCUACCGGCGAGAACGUGCCUCCGCCGGUGAAUGUCUUUGCUGAAACCGAACUUCAUGAGGAUUUGAAGAAUAACAUUGAGAGAUGUAAGUAUGUGAAACCUACUCCGGUUCAGCGUUACGCGAUCCCCAUUGCUGUUGUCGGGAGAGACCUUAUGGCCUGUGCUCAGACUGGGUCUGGUAAAACGGCGGCGUUUUGUUUUCCGAUUAUAUCUGGGAUUAUGAAAGAUCGUUUAGGUUCUGGGUUGUCGGCUAUGCCACAUGGCGGUGGUUCCGAUGUUGCGUACCCCACUGCACUCAUCUUGUCUCCAACUAGGGAGUUAUCAUGCCAGAUACAUGCUGAAGCAAACAAGUUUGCUUAUCAAACAGGAGUGAAGAUUGCGGUUGCUUACGGGGGUGCUCCUAUUGGUCAACAGCUACGUGUUUUGGAGAGAGGUGUUGAUAUUUUGGUUGCAACUCCUGGGCGUUUGGUGGAUAUGAUUGAAAGAGAAAGGGUUUCUUUGAAGAAGAUUAAGUAUCUUGCUUUGGAUGAGGCUGAUCGGAUGCUGGACAUGGGUUUUGAGCAUCAGAUUCGCAACAUUGUUCAGCAGAUGAACAUGCCUGCUCCGGGAGCUAGACAGACUUUGCUUUUCAGUGCCACCUUUCCUGAUAAUAUACAGAAGCUUGCAUCUGAUUUUUUGUCAAACUAUGUGUUCCUGGCUGUUGGAAGGGUUGGUUCAAGCACUGAAUUGAUUGUACAGAAAAUUGAAUCGGUUCAGGAUAUGGAGAAAAGGAAUCGUCUUGUGGAUCUUCUCCGACGCAAUGUAGUCAAUGGGAAGCUUGCUUUAUCUCUUAUAUUUGUUGAAACAAAGAAAGGAGCAGAUGCUUUAGAAAGUUGGCUAUGCAGAAGUGGUUUUCCAGCUAUUGCAAUACAUGGUGACAAGGUUCAAAUGGUUAAUAGCUUUUGUUCUUUACUUUAUUUCCUCUCUACUGUUACAGUGCCUUAUGCUUUAUUUGUUUCUGUAUUUGUGGUCCCUCGUGCAAUCAAUUCCAACAUUUUGAUCAUAGAAUCCAAAAUAAAACUUGAAGUAGCUACUCUUAGUUAUACUCUUAGUUAUACUUGA